AUCCACGUGUAUGGUCCCCAGUACAGCUGACGUCGAUGCAACACGUGUGUACAUCUUCAGAUGACUGGUGAAAUACGUGUGUCGGAUAUAUCUUAUGAAUGAGUCUGAAUGGUGACCAUGAAUCUUUCUGUUAAUUUGCCCCUAGUAAUUGUGUUUCUUUGCGUGAUUUCCAGUUAUGCUGUAGUUGUGGAUGUUUCUCUUAAAAACCUAGAUAAGGUCAGGAAAACUGAACCAUUUUCAACUUUCUUUAUGGUUGCAAAAAAUUGUGAAAAGUGCCGUUUACUGUAUCCCAAAUUUGUUGCGGCUUCCCAGGCCUUCACAGACGAAUCCUCGGUUCUGUUCGGUCGGAUCAAGGAUACAAAACUUGUGUCUGAAUGGGAAGUCACUUCUUUCCCAUCGCUGGUUUUCUUUGAAAAAGGUGGUAAACACCCAAUGCGACAUAAAGGUGACAUCACUGUUGACACAGUUACGGAGUACGUGUCGAGGGCGUUGGGAAAAGACAUCUCGAGUGUUCGUCGCCAUUACACAACAGAACUGAAAACCACAAACUUCUAUGAAAUCCUGGCGAUUCCUCGACAAUUCAAGUUCCUACUUUUAUACAAGCGAGAAAAUGAUGAGGACGUUGCUAGAAUUGAAAAAUUUGCAGAAAUUUUCAAAAAUGAUGAUGUCAUUGCAUUUCUUCGUCUUGAUGUAUUACGGGAACCACAUCUGGCCGAACAGUUUGAGACUCGGCAAUAUCCUGCACUUUAUUGGUAUGUAGACGAUGAGCGCCCUACAAAAGCGAGGUAUGGCGGGAAAUUGGAUGAUACACAGAUAUUUGAAUUCAUCAAAGAUCAGACGGGGAUUCAAAGAACUAAAUCUGGCGCAUUAGUUGAAAAUGCAGGAAGACUUGGUGAUUUAGACGAUCUAAUAUCGGAGCAGAUCAACUUAAUUGCAAAGGCAAAGAACAUGGAUUUAAUAAUAUCCGAGGCAAAAAAGAGGGCUGGCUAUCAUAAAAAAGAUUUGGCUAAAUAUUACAUUUACCUCUUGAAAGAAAUCAAGAAAGCCAAAACAAUUGACGUUCUGGAUGAUGAGAGAGCUGCAAUUAACAGGGCGCUAUCUGAAGAUCCUGGACCAAAGACUUCGGAGGCACUGAUCAAGAUGAGGAACAUAAUACAUAGCAUUGUGGACGCGACUGGGGCAGAUUUACAUAAAAGAUCUGGAAAUUCGCAGUUCGUUAUGAACAGAGAAGCCCGAGAAGUUAAAUUACAGAUCGAUGAAGAACUUGUGUACCUUGACAAUGGCGAUGAAUUCCGUGCUACUGGCGAUGGUAGAACGGUCAAAAUUAAGAAGAAGGGUAAAAAGAAAAAGAGUCAAGAAAAACGUAAAGAGCACUCCCAUCACCACGACGAACUAUAAUGAGCGAACAUAACAUGUAAUCAUAAAACUGUACUUAAAAUUUCUGGUUUAUAGAAACAUCGCAUACUUAGUGACAAAGGAUUUUAUGAACUUGAUAAUGGAAUACUUAGCGAUGAAAACACUAUAGGCGAUGUACAGAACGAUAAACGUUGCAUUAUUCCGGUUAGUUCUGGUCAGGUUAGUAGCUAGAGGCUCCUUAUUUGUUAACAAGUAUUCUUCUUGUUGUAGUCGCUAAUAAAUUUAUUAUAUAAUUUAA